GCUGCUUGCUUCCCAUUCUUCCAAUGCAGACAUACAACAUGGCGGACUAGAAUGAUCGUCUGACGCGCCCGGAUACUGAGGAUAAACGCUGUUGUUCCAUAUUUUUCCUCGUAUAAUACGGAAGACGAAGAAACUACCAUCUGUUGUACGCCUUUGGGAUCGAGUUGGGAAUUUCAGGGGGCCGCCCUAGCAUGUUAAAAUAAACCGAAUAGUGGCUCCUCGGAUUGGAAGUACGAGCACCAGAUCAUUCCUAUAUCACAGGUCGCCCCCCCCUACCCACCCCGCUCACACACUCUGAUCCUGGGGUGUGGAGACUGGGGGCCGGGGUUGAAAACGUGGAAAUACAAAAUAUACUAUUUCAACGCAUCACCUCAUCUCCAACAUUUCCCCUUGGCCUGUACUGAAGUUGGGGACCAUGCUGUGCGAAUGAGUAAUUGAUGCCAACUCCGCUCCUCAAGGGCAGAAUGGGUGUGUGUCCCCUGCUCCUUCUGCUCGGCCUGGCCCUAGGGGCCUCAGCGCAGGACCCCCCCCUCACCACAGGCCUUGUGGGUGUCAUCACUGCCCCGGCCACUGCGCCCCCCGUCGCCCCCUUACUCAACACCACAGCUCCGCCCACCCCUGCCCUGACAGACCCGCCCACUGUCCUCCCCCCUAUCGUUGUCCCGGAGACGACGCCUACGACGGCCGCGGCGGCCCAAGAUGACGGGGGUCAGGCCGCGCCCUCAGCGGAGCCCCAACCGGCCCCUCCCCUGCCACAACCUCAGGCCCCAACAGACGGCCCCAGCGGACCUCCAGCCACCCAGCCCCCCCCACCGCCCCCGCUGGCGCCCAACGGCACGGAGCCAGUAGAAGACGGAGGACGGGACAACGGGACCGCAGUGACGGGGACGCCGGACGUCACUCCUCCGCAGACGUUCUCGGGCGAUGUCACCGACGACCCCAUGGCGACGGCCACGGCCACGGCGGCGAGCGGGGGGGGGGAGUUCCGCGUGGUACCGCCAGAUGGCCAGGAUCCAGAAGACGACCAGGCGGACGAGAUGCCUAUCAUGGCCGUCAUGGUGGCCGUGUCCUCCUUGCUGGUCAUCAUCUUCAUCAUCAUCAUCCUCUACAUGCUCAGGUUUAAGAAGUACAAGCAGGCAGGAAGUCAUUCCAACUCCUUCAGACUGACCAAUGGUAGAUCAGAUGAUACGGAGCUCCAGAGUGUGCCACUAUUGGCCCGCUCGCCCAGUACAAACAGGAAGUACCCGCCCCUUCCUAUUGAUAAGCUGGAGGAAGAGAUGAACCGGCGAAUGGCUGACGACAACAAGCUCUUCAGGGAGGAAUUUAAUUCGCUACCAGUGUGCCCUAUCCAGCCGUCGUGUGACGCUGCCUCCAAGGAAGAGAAUAAGGAGAAGAAUAGAUACGUCAACAUCCUGCCAUAUGACCAUUCAAGGGUCCACCUCUCAUCUUUGGAGGGAGUCCCCGAUUCUGACUUUAUCAACGCCUCUUUUGUAAACGGUUACCAAGAGAAGAACAAGUUUAUUGGAGCCCAAGGGCCAAAGGAAGAAACGUUGAACGACUUCUGGAGAAUGAUCUGGGAGCAGAACACAGCCACCAUCGUCAUGGUUACAAAUCUCAAGGAGAGGAAAGAGUGUAAAUGCGCCCAGUACUGGCCGGACCAGGGCUGUUGGACCUACGGGAACAUCCGCGUCUCUGUGGAAGACGUGAUGGUCCUCGUGGAUUACACCAUCCGCAAGUUCUGCAUCCAACAGGUGGGCGACCUGUCGGGCAAGAAGCCCCAGCGGCUGGUCACCCAGUUCCACUUCACCAGCUGGCCCGACUUCGGCGUGCCCUUCACGCCCAUCGGCAUGCUCAAGUUCCUGAAGAAGGUGAAGAACUGCAACCCGCAGUACGCCGGCGCCAUCGUGGUGCACUGCAGCGCCGGCGUGGGCCGCACCGGCACCUUCAUCGUGAUCGACGCCAUGCUGGACAUGAUGACCUCAGAGCGGAAGGUGGACGUGUUCGGCUUCGUCACGCGCAUCCGAGCGCAGCGCUGUCAGAUGGUGCAGACGGACAUGCAGUACGUGUUCAUCUUCCAGGCCCUGCUGGAGCACUACCUGUACGGAGACACUGAGCUGGAAGUCUCCUCCCUGGAGUCCCACCUGGCCAAGCUCUACGCCCCGUCCCCGGGAGCCGGCUGCGGGGGCCUGGAGACCGAAUUCAAGAAGCUGACAUCUAUAAAGAUCCAGAACGAUAAGAUGAGAACGGGCAACCUGCCGGCCAACAUGAAGAAGAACCGAGUCCUACAGAUUAUUCCAUAUGAGUUUAACAGAGUCAUCAUUCCAGUGAAACGGGGAGAAGAGAACACGGAUUAUGUGAACGCAUCCUUCAUUGAUGGCUACCGCCAGAAGGACUCGUACAUCGCCAGCCAGGGCCCUCUCCAGCACACGUUGGAGGACUUCUGGAGGAUGAUCUGGGAGUGGAGAAGCUGCUCCAUCGUUAUGCUGACGGAGCUGGAGGAGAGAGGCCAGGAGAAGUGUGCCCAGUACUGGCCCAGCGACGGGGCGGUGGCCUAUGGGGACGUCUCCAUCGAGAUCAAGAGGGAGGAUGAGAGCGAAAGCUACACAGUGAGAGAGCUCCUGGUCACCAACAACCGGGAGAACAAAGCACGGGCGGUGCGUCAGUUCCACUUCCACGGCUGGCCUGAGGUGGGCAUCCCCGCCGACGGGAAAGGCAUGAUCAACAUUAUCGCCGCGGUGACGAAACAGCAGCAGCAGUCUGGGAACCACCCGAUCACUGUCCACUGCAGUGCGGGGGCCGGCCGGACCGGGACGUUCUGUGCGCUGAGUACGGUCCUGGAGAGGGUCAAGGCCGAGGGCAUCUUGGACGUGUUUCAGACGGUCAAGAGCCUGAGACUUCAGAGGCCCCACAUGGUGCAGACACUGGAGCAGUACGAGUUCUGCUACAAGGUGGUUCAAGAGUACAUAGAUGCCUUUUCCGACUAUGCCAAUUUCAAGUAGCAGACGGACGACCACACUCAAACACACCGUUAAAACCAAUAUAAACUCACCGUGGUAAACACAUCCACGUUCACGCGCAGUUUGGCUCACCUGACGGACUUCUUGAGGUUCCUCCUUCCCAGAGGAAAAAGGGAACCACAGUCUCGGCACAGUAAAACAGAACCCAGAGCUUUCCUACAGAAAGACACGACAAACUGAAAUGCUUUCAUGAAUAUUUUGUAAUAUUUGUCUUGUCAAUACAGCCCUUUUUGUCCCUUUUAGCUUUCCGUCUCUCUUUAGAAAGUGUAUAUAUAACGAUCCUGAGGCUUCUUUUAUUUUGUUUUUUUUUAGACCAUUUUGAGGUUGGCUACGUUUUAGGGUGGCAUUUGUAACAUAUUUUAUUGGAAUAUAUAUAUAAAUAAUAUAACUAUAUAUGAAUACAAAUCCAACGCUUUAUUGGCUGGUGUUCACAGUUAAGGGAAGAUUGUUAGGGUCUACGUAGCUGGGUUAUUAUACUUUUUAUUUUGUUUCUACAUAGGAACUGAUACUUGAUUUGUCUUCUUAUGGCCUGAAUCAGUGGCUCUACCUGACUGCAGUGGUUGGCAGAACACAGGUUGAUUUAUUUAUAGAAUUAUCCUCGAUAGAUUUUCUGUUUUGGUAUCCCUACCCACCCACCCCUUCAUGUGCACACAAAGACCACACAACUGUUCAACACAGGAGUGUUAACACAUCAUCAUCCAACCCCCCCCCCCCCCCCCAUCCAGUUUUGGAGUUGAAGUAACAAGAGUCUCUAGGCGGGCGACAUCAAUGUGGCGUAACCCUAAGAAAAAAUGCACAUGCGUCCAGAUACGCAAAAAGAAAGUGAGCCCUAAGCUGCAUCCUUCCCACAGUGCCAAAGCCCCUGAUUCACCUGAGCUUUGAACGUGGAGACCACCUCAACAAACUGUCCAGGAAAAACCAGACAAGACAAGACAAGACUUCUGGUGCAUCGAUGAGUAAUGCACCACACUUUGGAUCCAUCCCCCGCCCUUCGAGUAAAUUUGUUAAAGCGUGAGACAUGACAAUCAAUUUAAAUACCAUGAUAAACCAUUGGAAUCUUAUCAUCGAGAUAUACCAAUUCUAUAGUUCAUGUGUUUGCUUACGGACAUUCAGCAGUAUUGAUGGGGAGAACUCAAAAUCAAAGAGUAUUUCCUUUCUGUAUGAAUGAACUGCUUCCCCUUUGUUGUAUACUGGCCUUGCAUCACAAUGCUGUUUUGUCACCAUUUUUUUUGGUAUAAGAUUGUAUUAUUUCACCACGGUCACUGAUGCCGAAGAAUGUUUAUUUUUUAUUGUGUAAAACUAUAAAGCUGUUGCUUCGAUUAAUUUCCAAAGUGAAACUUUCUUUUCAUGAAAUGUAUGAGUGCUCUGAAAUGUUUGCAGUGGAUUCUUAUAUUCUACUUCGGUUUGCGACGCCAUGUGUUUCCAAUGAGGCCACCAUUGAAGCCAUUCCCUUUAUGAUUGUAAUGAAAGAUGAAUGAUGUCAGUUAUCGACAGGGGUCAGUCCUAUUUCAACUCUGCCAACUCAGGAAAUGACUGCGCACAGGAUUGUUUCAAUUUACAAAUUCAACACUGGUCCAUUUCCACAGUUGGCUAGAGUUCAAAAGGUUCACUCCUACCUGAAGAUUACCGGAGCAUAAAUUGCCCACCCUUAUCCACGGUGUGUUCUUCAGAUAAUUUUUUUGUUUGUUUUCACCUUAUAAAAAAAGACGAUUUAUAAAUUAAUAUUUAAUUUGCACGUCCCAAUUUCAAACUCAUUUUGACUACAAUGAUUAGAUUCUCCUUCAUGCGUGUAACACACAGAAUUAAUUUGUUGCUUAAAAGAUUAAAAGGUUAGAAUAUGCAAUUCUGUGAUCACUGGGUUGAAGACUCGUAUACUAAUGUGCAAUUUGCACCCUAAAAAGAAACUGAAUCCCUUGUAUGAAUAGAACCCAACCAGAAAUUGUGGAGGGAGAGAAUUUUUGAGAAGAAAAAUCCAAAGUAGCAGUGUCAAGACUCAACGUUGCGACGGAGUGCGUGGGGUCCUUGUUUUGUGAAGCAGUCGAGACCUUUCCCUUGGCUGCUGGCUGUCUCUGCACCGUCAUUGCCAUUUCAGGUUAACUCUCAUUCCAAAGCGUCACAAGUGCCCAUAUUAGUAGUUAGGUGCCACUGUGUUUAGUUACUUCUUUGUUAUGUUUCCAACUUCUCUUAUAGCCGCUGAGGUGGCAGAGGGAGGAGUCGUGUUGUUCCCCUUAUGGCUUGUCUGUGUUUGGCCAUUUAGUCCUGUUUUAAUUAAAAAUGUUUGCUCAA